AUGGCAUCGCUUGCUCUCGGUGCUGCCUUCUUCCUGUUCUUUGUCCCCUCCCUCGUCAUUGGUCAGGCAUCUCUUAAUACCACCGUCAUCCCACUUCCUGUUCCGGAAGGACCAUAUACUUCCACAAUUACAGUAUCAGAGCUUACCGACACGUCGCGGGCCAACCCAUUCAAUGGAUCUUCCCCAUACCGUCAGCUUGUAGUCAGCUAUUAUGAGCCAUAUCUUAGGGAGGAUUGUGCUAACAUUGGCGAAAUCGACUACAUGCCAGCUGCCGUGGCAAAGUGGUUCAAUGAGAACGAUCUCCCAAGCCCUGAUUUGACAACAUUCUCUCAACUCAAAUUUUCCGAUAUUUGCCUUGAAGCACCAACCACCAAGCCUGAUACGCCUCUUCUCAUCUGGACUGGUGGUUUCUAUACCAGUCGUCUCCAGUACGGUGCUAUCGCACAAGCAAUUUCUAGCUGGGGCUACAGAAUUGUGACAAUCGAUCAUCCAUAUGAUGCAGCAAUUGUAGAAUUUCCAGAUGGAACCAUCAUUUACAGUGCGUACGUCAGCGGAGCCCCAACUGACACGACUAGCGCGUAUCUCCAAAACAUCCGUGUCAAAGAUAUUGAGUUCGUCACGAGUGUAUAUUCGGAAACUUCUGAGGUUGUUGGUCUAUACGGACAUUCCUUGGGAGCUUCAUCUCAGACCGCUGUAUUGCAAGCAGACACAACGGGCAAAUACGUGGCAGGUUGCAACUUGGACGGUAAAUUGCAACCCCCUGUUGGACCAACUGGACUCGGUAGCUCAUCCGAGAUCAAAAAAUCUUACAUGUUCUUUGCACAUGAUAAUCACACUAUUGCUAGUGACCCAUCAUGGACUGCAUUCUGGAACACGACGGAUCUUUUGACUCCAAAAGAUCCUAGGGUAUCUCUUGAACUUCCCAAGACAAUUCAUAACUCAUUCACUGAUCUACCGUUUGUUAUUGAUGUGGCUGGCGUUCGAUCAGUCAAUGAAUCUUACUUUGAGACACUCAUUGAUACUAUUGAUGGACCUCGUGAGAUUCACGACAUUACCUCGUAUGUUCGUGAGUUCUUCGAUUGGACUCUCAAAGGUAUCGAGACGCAUCCACUUUUAGAUGCGUCGAAUAGCUCUUUCCCAGAUGUUCUUUUCGUUCGAAAGGCUGGUUAUUAG